AUGUCCAAAAUUGACAAAAUCGGCCUUUUCAUUUCUUCUUCUCGCCCGCAGCCUAGAACCCUAGUUCUUGAAUUCUUCUCACAACUUUCGAACACGCCAAAAAUCUGUUCUUGGCGAGACAAAUCUCAUACGCACGAGAUGUCUUUUGUGACGGGAAGUGUUGAUUGUUAUUGUGGUCGUAGGGCUGUGAUACGGACCUCGUGGACGAACGAGAACCCUGGUAGGCGCUUUCAUGCUUGCUUGAAGAAAGAGGAAGGAGGAGGUUGUGUUUUCUUUGACUGGUAUGACCCCCCAAUGUGUCGUAGGGCCAAAUCACUAAUUCCUGGACUUUUGAAGAAGAUGAAUGCAAGUGAAGAAAAGAUUUUGAAGCUGAAGGCAGAGACAUUAAGUUUGGCUGCAAAUAACAGAAAAUUAAAGAAAAUUAUUCUUGUGUUGGUUCUUUUGGUUGUGUCAAUUCUCAUCAUUUUGAAGAACUGA